AUGCCAUCACUUCGUGUGGGGAGUCGCCUAAGGACUUACAAGCCAGGGCUCGAUCGAGUUGAAGCUUGGCCGGUCGAGUUGAGGAACUCGACCGGUUGGUCGAGUAGACGGUCGAGCUGGUCUUCAAGAUGGCUUCUCCCUUCUUCCUUUGCGUAUCCAGUUGAGCUGCUUCCAUGUGCCAAGUCCCUCCAUGCUCCUCAUGUCCCAUAUGCUCCAGAAUGCUCCAAAAGACCUAUUUCAAAGGACCAAACAUGCAUAUGAGCAUGGAGGGACUUGGCACAUGGAAGCAGCUCAACUGGAUACGCAAAGGAAGAAGGGAGAAGCCAUCUUGAAGACCAGCUCGACCGUCUACUCGACCAACCGGUCGAGUUCCUCAACUCGACCGGCCAAGCUUCAACUCGAUCGAGCUGA